AUACAGCCUGUAGUUUUGGCCACUGUGCGGGGAAAAGAAGAGUUAUGAAUGAAUCCGAGGAGCAGGAUUUGGUGACUGGGCUGGUGUGUCAGGAGGUUGACUUGCAGGAUGGACAGAUGAAAGCAGUAAGCGUUGGGGGCCAGAACCUGCUUUUAGUUCGAACCCAUGGUCAGUUCUGUGCUGUUGGUAACAAGUGUUCUCAUUACAACGCUCCUCUGAUUGGAGGUUCACUGGUUGGCGACAGACUGAGGUGUCCCUUUCAUGGAGCUUGUUUCAAUGUUAAAACUGGAGAUAUUGAGGAGUAUCCUGGUUUGGACUGUCUGCCCACCUAUAAGGUCAAAGUUCAGGAUGGCAAAGUCUAUGUUACCAUCACCAAAAAAAAUCUGAAUGUGACCAAACGGAUGAAGCCGAUGUGCAGCGUGGAACCAGACGUCCACCAUACCGUCGUACUGAUAGGAGGCGGCCCCGCCUCCCUGGUGUGCACUGAGACGUUUCAGCAGAACUCCUACCAGGGUCGAAUAAUUAUGGUGACCAAAGACUCCCUGCCUCCUUUUGACAAACCUAAGCUGAGUAAGUCGAUGAAUGUGGAGAGCAGCAGCAUCCUUCUCCGAUCAUGUGACUUUUUGCAGCCGUUUGGGAUAGAGGUGUGGACAAACAAAGAGGUUGUUUCUGUUAAUACAGCCGAUAGGAUGCUGAAGAUAAGUGAUGGAACGUCACAGACUUAUGACCAGCUCCUCAUUGCAACCAGAUGCAGGGCUCGGGUGGUCGACUGUCCUGGUUGGAACCUGAGUGGAGUGAAGUUACUGCAGAAUUAUGAAGAUGCAAAGGAGAUUCACACUUCCUGCCUUUACCGGAACGCUGUUGUCAUCGGAACAUCCUUCAUAGGUAUGGAGGUGGCAUCUUAUUUAUCAGACAAAGCUGGCAGCGUGGUCGUGGUUGGUACCAGUACUUAUCCAUUUGAACACUCGCUGGGGCCGGAGAUCGGCAAGAUGUCCAUGCAAAUGCUGGAAGACAAAAAUGUUAAGUUCUAUAUGAAUGACAGCGUGGCUGAGAUCAGAGGGGAAAAUAACAAGGUGAAGGCGGUGGUGCUGAAGAGCGGUGCUGUGCUGAAUGCUGAUGUGGUGAUACUGGGAAUUGGUGUAAUCCCAAAUUCAGACUUCUUGGUGGGAAGUGAGGUGGAAGUGGAUUUCAGAAAAGCUGUUAUUGUUGACGAGUUCAUGAGGACCAAUGUUCCUGACGUCUUUAGUGCUGGAGAUGUUACUGCCUUUCCUCUGGCCAUACGUGGAGGUCAAAGGGUCAGCAUUGGUCACUGGCAAAUGUCAAAUCCCCAAGGAAGAGUAGCUGGCCUAAAUAUGAUAAACAAACCAACCACAAUUGAAUCUGUGCCGUUCUUCUGGACCAUGUUGGGUGGAAAGAGCAUCCGAUACACAGGCUACGGGGAAGGACAUACAGAAAUCAUAUUCAAAGGCAGCGUGAAAGAGAGGACGUUUCUGGCAUUUUACAUAAAAGAUGACGUGGUGGUAGCAGCAGCCGGCGUGAUGUUUGACCGUUCUUUGGCUCAUGUGGCGGAAAUGAUGUCCGAGGGUCGGCGGAUAACCAAGGCACAGGUUCAAUCUGAUGACCUGAGCUGGCUGCAGAUGUGAGCACCUCUUUCCUCUCUAACCUUCACACGUGUGCCAAAUUAAAUCGCUUCAUUUACUGCCUCUUCGCCACCAGGAAACCAGACAGACCUCUGCUGUUUGUCAGAGCACUGGAACCAUAGCAACAAGGCAUUGUUAAAUUUGCACUUUGUACACUCAGCUGAUAAAAAUAAACGGUUUUCCGUCUG